AUGGCAGACAACAAGGGCAUUAGCACCGACCAAGCGCCUGUCGAUAGCGGCCGGCGAGGCUCUCUGCGCGACAACCUCUACGGCGACGAAAGCAAGCGCAAAGUCAGCAUCGCCGCCAUGACGUCCAACUUGACCGGCGAAAUCCGCAACCCUCUCGCCAAUGUUUCCCGCGAACAGCUCAUGGCCGACGUGGACGACUAUGCUGGCAAGAACGAUCUUAAUGAUAUCUUGCCAAUCCUACGCAAGGCCGCUCUCGUCGCUCAGAACCCAGCUGGGUUUGAGGAGAUGCCUGAGCUCGAUGAUGAUGAAAGGGAUCACCUCCGCGACGAGGUCACCCACCGAUGGCGACAUCCGAAGAUGCUGUAUUUCACUAUCAUCAUGAACUCGGUCGCUGCUGCUAUCCAGGGAUGGGAUCAGACAGGGUCGAAUGCUGCCAAUUUGGGCUUUCCAAUUGAGUUCGGCAUCCAAGAUCACCCUGAGGUGGACUGUACGCCGAAUUGCAGCAGGAAUACCUGGAUCAUCGGCUUUGUGAACAGUGCUCCAUACAUCGCUAUCGCGCUCUUUACGGCUUGGAUCUCUGAUCGUUUCAACGACUGGAUCGGCCGCAGAGGGACAAUCUUCAUUGCGGCAAUCUUUUCGCUUAUCGCACCCUUUGGCAUGGCUCUUUGCCAGACCUGGGGACAGCUGGUGGCGUGCAGGAUGCUUCUCGGCAUCGGGAUGGGACUGAAGGAAGUGACUGUGCCUGUCUUCUCAGCCGAGAAUGCUCCUACCAGCGUUAGAGGUGGCCUUGUCAUGUCCUGGCAAGUCUGGACGGCGUUCGGUAUCUUCUUAGGCACAUGCGCCAACCUUGCCGUUAAAGAUGUCCCAGAUAUUGCGUGGCGCUUGCAGCUCGGAAGCGCUUUCAUACCUGCCGUACCUCUGUGCAUCGGUAUCUACUUCUGUCCAGAGUCACCGCGAUGGCUCAUGAAGAAAGGUCAUCAUGCCAAGGCCUAUCGUUCUCUGCUUCGUCUACGUAAUAGUCCAUUGCAGGCUGCCAGGGAUCUGUAUUAUGUCAAUGCACAGUUGGUGCAAGAGGAAGUGCUGGUCGAAGAGUCUGCUGUCGCGAAGACUGGAAACAUGUUCACUAGAUUUGUUGAGCUUUUCACCAUUCCCAGAAUUCGUCGCGCAACACAGGCUAGCGGCAUCAUAAUGAUCGGUCAACAAAUGUGUGGCAUCAACAUCAUUAAACAAGGCCUUCUACUCAUCACUGUAUUUGCCGAGGCAGGUGCUUCGUACACUGGAGCCUUGCUCGCCUCUUGGGGCUUCGGUUUGAUCAACUUCCUGUUCGCAUGGCCUGCGGUGUGGACGAUUGACACGUUUGGCCGUCGAGCCCUGCUACUCUUCACCCAUCCGAACAUGUUCUGGCCCCUCCUGGCUGCUGGCUUCUGCUUCUGGCUGGACGAAGACAAUGGCGCGCGUUUGCCACUAAUCGCCCUCUUCAUCUAUAUCUUCGAUGCCUUCUACUCACCAGGCCAAGGUCCUGUGCCGUUCACCUAUAGCGCCGAGGUGUUUCCGCUGUCACACCGCGAGAUCGGCAUGAGUUGGGCCGUCGCGACCAACAACUUCUGGGCCACCGUCCUCUCCCUCACCUUCCCCUACAUGCUCCGAAGCUUCAAGCCGCAAGGCGCAUUCGGUUUCUACGCCGGCCUAAAUAUCCUGGCUAUGCUCAUGGUAUUCAGCUGGAUGCAGGAGACCAAGCAGCGUUCACUUGAAGAGCUCGAUUAUGUCUUUGCAGUCCCGACUCGUACGCAUAUGAAGUACCAGUGGGGCACGGUUUUGCUGUGGUGGUUCAAUCGGUGGGUUUUGCAGAAGAAGGGCGAGCCGGAGCCGAAGUUGUAUAAAUUUGAUACUGAUGCUAGUGGCAAUGUGGUGCCUGUGGGUGGUUAUGUGGCUGAGGGGGCCAGUGGAAGUGAUGAUGGUGGGGAGAAGGGCCCUGUUGUGCGGAAGUGA